UGGGAGCAGCAGCCAGUGAUCUGGGACAACAGGCUUCCCAAAAGGGUCCCCUCUCCUCUCUUCUCCUGGCCAAGGGAAGCCAAAGACACCUAAGAUUUGGGAGAAGAAGCAAGAGGAAGAAGAAGAAGAAGGGGAUGCCAGGCCAAGCCAGGAGGAGGCCUUGGAGAGGCCAUGCCAGGGGAUGAGCCACCAUGUAUGUGAGCCGGCCCUUGGAGAAAGAAGCCAGCAUGUAUCCAGCCACCAUCAGGUGCAACGGCGGCAGUGGGAACAACAGCCAUUUGCCAGGACAAAGCUUCUCCUCCACGGCCUCCUACAACGACUAUAUGGGAUUCCACCACACGCAGGGCAUAGAGAGCCGGGGUCAGCCUCCUGGAUCUUGGGGGGCCCAUUAUGGCCCACAGAGAGAGGACUGGGAUGCUUUCAAUGCAGGGAUGGCCCCAAUGAACAGCUCCUCUCCUGGGCCGGCUCCAUACGGUCCCACCGACUAUGGUUCUCUUAAUGCUGCUGGAUCUGGGGCUUUGUCCUCCGUGGAGACCAUCAACGCAGAGCAGAUCUCGCCUCUCAGCUCCUACGAGUGGAUGAGGAAAACCAUCCAGUCCACUUCCACAGGCAAAACAAGGACGACCGAGAAGUACCGCAUUGUCUACUCGGACCACCAAAGACUCGAGCUGGAGAAGGAGUUUCAUUACAACCGAUACAUCACCAUCCGGAGGAAGUCCGAACUGGCUGCAAACCUAAGGCUUUCUGAGAGACAGGUCAAAAUCUGGUUCCAAAACCGCCGUGCCAAAGAACGGAAACUAAUGAAGAAGAAGAUGAACAACUUUGACGGCAGUGGCGUUGGCUCUAUGCAGAGGGACUCGGGACCCAUCAGCCCGAUCCCUGUCGUGGACCCACAGACUCAUUCGGAAAUGGUCGGCCCGCUCUUCAGUCCGCCACCAUCUCUGCCCAUGAAUGGCCUGCAGCACAACGGGAAUCUUUAGCAGGGAGCAGAAAUGCAGCAAAGGCCGUGUAUGGAAAAACAUAUUGGUCACAACAAGGACUUUGCAGCAACACAUCAGCCAUUUGUUAAGGAGAGAGAACUUCUUGGCUGGGACAAGGACUAAGUUCAGCAAAAGGGCUGCAAGGCUAUGGAUAAGAAGCCGGACGACUGCAAAGCCCAUCUCGCAGAGAUGCCACAUUUCCCUUGGACCUGAGGUUACAGCAAUCAUAGGAUCAUAGAAUAAUACCGUUGGAAGAGACCACAUGGGCCAUCCAGUCCAACCCCCUGCCAUGCAGGAAAAGCACAAUCGGAGCACCCCCAAUAGAUGGCCACCCAGUCUCAAUAAUAAUAAUAAUACGAAUAAUAAUAAUACAAAAUCCAGCAUAUCUAUCUUGUUUGCUGUCAUACAAUGUAAUAAUAAUAAUAAUAAUAAUAAUAAUAAUAAUAAUAGAGCUGGAAGAGAUCGCAUGGGCCAUCCAGUCCAACUCCCUGCCAUACAGGAAAAGCACAAUCAGAGCACCCCCAACAGAUGGCCACCCAGUCUCAAUAAUAAUAAUAAUAAUAAUAAUAAUAAUACAAAAUCCAGCAUAUCUAUCUUGUUUGCUGUGACAUACAAAAUAAUAAUAAUAAUAAUAAUAAUAAUAAUAAUAAUAGAGAUGGAAGAGAUCGCAUGGGCCAUCCAGUCCACACCCUACCAUGCAGGAAAAGCACAAUCAGAGCACCCCCAACAGUUGGCCACCCAGUCAUAAUAAUAGUAAUAAUAAUAAUAGUAAUAAUAAUAAUAGAGCUGGAAGAGAUCGCAUGGGCCAUCCAGUCCAACUCCCUACCAUGCCGGAAAAGCACAAUCAGAGCAUUCCCAACAGAUGGCCACCCAGUCUUAAUAAUAAUAAUAAUAAUAAUAAUAAUAAUAAUAAUAAUAAUAAUAAUAAUAACUAACUGCAAAAGGCCACCCUACUGGGAUCUGCGCGCAUCAUUCGAAAAUACAUCACACAGUCCUAGACACUUGGGAAGUGUUCGACUUGUCAUUUUGUGAAACGAAAUCCAGCAUAUCUAUCUUGUUUGCUGUGUCAUACAAUAAUAAUAAUAAUAAUAAUAAUAAUAAUAAUAAUAAUAAUAAUAAUAAUAAUAGAGCUGGGAGAGAUCGCAUGGGCCAUCCAGUCAAACCCCCUACUGAUAUUCCAACACCUGGAAAAACCCAAAACACAUUUGGACGAGACUCGAUUGGAAUUAAAGACAGCUUCUUUUGGAACAAAAGGCAUCUUUUAGUCAAAGAAUAAAUCACUUUGGAUACAGCUGCUUCCAACAACUGCAAACGUCAACACUCUUAGCAUAAAAUGUUUAUGAAUGUAUGAAUUGGUUAAAAAGGCAAAAUGCCCAAUCGGUUUGCAGCCCCAGUUUAAAAGUAUUGCCAAAAGUUGGAUCAAAAUGUAGGGAAUCGUUAGCCUUGUAGUUAUAGAGACAUUUGUUUUACAGCCAUUUGAAUUCUUAGUGUCAGCCUGUGUUUUUGUUAAUUGUAACUCUCCCACAAACAUACGCAAAGUACUGUUUGAUGCGAAUAAAUAUUUUUGUGAAA